AGAAAUUAUUACGUUUUUUAGUUAUUGAAAACUUGUUAAUAGUUUUUAUGCAAACAAUUAAUUUUAAAAACAAAAUAUUUAAUAAAUAUAUGAAAAGAUGAGUUCAUUGGGAAAAAAUGAAGUGACGGACACUCCAGUGAAUGUGUCCUCCGAUGCUAUAUCUGUCAGUGAAGAACAACCCGAUGAUGGCGUUCACACAAUAAACUCCGACUCAAUUGUAAGCAAUCGGAUGACAAUCGCCGGUGGAUUUCUCGAUGUGGCUCUCUUUGUGGCCGAUGUCGAGCACUUGAAGUUUAUAUUUGAUACGGGAAGGGAUGAUAUCGAGUAUUAUAAUUUAUUAUUAGGACUACUCUUUACAUCACUUGUAUUACAAAUUGCAGUCGGAAUUCUAAUAUUUAUAGUGGGUUUUAGUAAGACAUCCAAACAGACCCUACAAGAGGCCAAAUGGACUAAAAUUAUCAAUCAUGUCAUCCUUGGUAUGGUUGUGUUGAUAGCCGUCACCAAUAUAUUUGUAACCAGUUUUGGUGAUAGAGGUAAUGUUUUGUCACAGUAUAAGGCACGACACGAUUGCAAACCUAUCGAAAAAACUAAACAAUAA